AGGUGUGCAUGAUUAGAAAUCCAGUAACUGAAAACGUGUUUGUUGCUGGUAACUAGAUUGACCUGAUACACUGAUAAAGGAGUUUCAUCACACACACCUAAUUAGAGUGAUCUAGGCCUUUUCCAGAUAUAUCCAGACUUUUUUUUCCCAAUAUAUCAUCUAAUUCCAGAGGAUUUCCUUUGAAGCAGUUUCUUGAAUUUUAAACGAAAAUGUUAAUACAGGGUGACUGGCAGUGUAUACAUGCAAAUAUCUAGCAAAUGCAAAUAUCAAAUAUCCUUCCUGCACUGUAAACUGGAUUUAAAAAAACAACUUUUGAAAUUAGGAGAAAACUUCAAAAAUGACAUGUCAACAAUUAACUGUAAACUGUAAACUGCAAAGAUCAAAUGCUAUAGGAAGAGCGAGCUGUUGUGGGUUUGUUUUUCUUGCUUCUCAGAUGACGGGUGUAAGAAAGAAAAUGAAAGUAGCUCGAGGUAAACUGUGAAACAUGACAAACAAGAAAGAUUAAACAAUUUGUUCGUAAGACUCCGUUCAAGACAGGAAUAAAUGAAAAACAACUGAUCAGAUUUCAAAUCAGCUGGGAAAGAUGGCUGAAUUCGAAGAAAAGGCAAAACAAUCUUGUGCUGAAGUUAAAGCUGACUCUUACAUAACCUCCCAACCAAAGGUAGAAAAGGAACUUGACACAAAAAAGAAUGAAGAACAUCAGAAAAAUAGUCGAGAUGUGCAACAAGUAAUGAGCCUUACUGUAGAGGAAGGAAACCAAGGUCAUAGUGAAGGGGAACACAGAGAAUGUUUUAAAGACCCAGGCAUGAAGAAUGAAAAAACAGAUGAGCAAGAUAAGGACACUGGGGUGAAACUGAUGGAGAAAAAUCAUGAGCAAGAAGAAAAGACUAUAGAACAUGAAGCAAAGACAUGUGAACUAAAAGAGAAUGCUGUAAAAGAAGGAGAGGUUACCGUAGAUAGGAAUGCAAGUCAUGGUGAGAAGAAUGACAAACAAGAAGAAAAGAAUAUAAAAGCAGAUGGAAAGAUAGCAGAGUUUGAAAAGGAGAAAAGUCAUGUAGAGGAGGGAAACCAAGGUCACAGUGAAAGCGAAAAACACAGAGAGUGUUUUAAGGAGCCAUGCCUGAAAAAUGAAGAAAGAGAAGAGCAAGAUGAAGACAAGGUGGGGAAACAGAUGGAGCAAUGUCAUGAGCAAGAGGAAAAUACAAGAGAUCCUGGAGAAAAGAAAAGUGAACUAACAGAGAAUAGUUUAGAAGAAGGAGUGAGGAACAUAGAAGUUCUAAAGAAGAAUGCAAGUGAAGAUGAGAAGAAUGAUGAACCAGAAGAAAGGAAUGUAAAAAUAGAUGGGAAGAUAGCAGAGGGUGAAAAGGAGAAAAGUCAAGGAGAUGAGGAGGAAACCAGAGACCCAAGACAGCAGAGCAGCGAAGUAGUCAACAAUGGUGUUGAGGAAGGAGAGAUGAAUGUAGAACCAGAGAAGAAGGAAACAAUUCAAGAUAAAAAUGACAGUGAACAAGCAGAGAAGACAGAAGCAGUUGAAAGAUCAGCAGAGACCAGUAAAGUCAAGAAUAAAAGAUUUUAUGAAAAACAACCCUUUAAGAAAGCAAAGUACUUCACCAUCCAGACUGGCAACACUCGAGAUUCCCAUAAGGAAUUUUUGAAAUGUCUCCAUGAAAGGAAAUCCAGACUAAAGCGGACGGAUAAAGCAGAGAAGUGCAAAUUCAUUCUGGUUUUCUGCCCUGUGGUUUCCCGAGCAGGAACUGAUAUAGAAGCAGCACUGCAUCAACUAAAUGAAAUAUCAGGGAAUUCCAUCCACAAAAAUAAAGACACCAAACCUGCUGUUCUAGUGGUUCUCCAUUGUACAAAUGAUCCAGAGUGUGUUGUACCAGACAGCAGCAGAGCUGUAAACAGAGAGAAUAUGAUCACAGUUGACUGUCUAUUCCAUGAGGAUAAUGGAUUACAUAAAUGCUUGAAGAACAAAGAGGCUGUGCAUGAAGUUAUUCAGUGGCUAAAAACAAAACCAUGGAGAAAUGCAGAGUAAGAUUUACAUAAAACACGAUGGUGUUACCAUAACAUACUCACCGAUGAGGUGGUGUGAUGCAGCCUCACACAAAACAGAGUCACUGUUAAAAGCCGAAGCGGAUUAUUUUCCUAUUAUAGUACCUCUUAUCCCACAAUAAUUUGGCAACAAUUGUGAUUUUUCUAAAAUAAAGUUUUUAUAUAUUUUUAUUUGUUUAUAUUUAAUGUUGUCUAACAUCCAGCAAGUUCCAAAUUUAUAAACAAAUGUUUCCUCAGCCUCUUUUUCUUUUUUCAUUUGUAGUUAAAUAAAUAAAUAAAUAAAUAUAUAACUUGCAGCUUAUCAUGUUAUAGAAAGUCAUGUUAAGACUUUCCAGUGGUGGAAAACUUACUGUUUCAAAGCACUGACAUUAUUGACUCUUCAACAAAUGUUAUUUAAGAAAACAUCACUAUAUACUCAUAUUUUAAUUAUUUAAAUGACAGCAUAUAAUAAUCUGUUUAUUAUUAGUCUUAGAUUAUGUGGAACAUUCACCAUACAAGUCUCUGUGUUUUUUAAUUACAGAAAUGAUUUAUUAGAAUGAUCAAAUUACGAUAACCAAUAAACUAAUAAACUAAUAAAUAAUAAGCUGUUGGCUCAGAAGAAUUAAGUCAGUCAUUUUAUUUAAUAUUUUUUUUUGGAGGCUACCCUUCAAAAAAUUUGCAAACGUACCAAUAGCUAAUAAAACUGGGAUGACUCACUAAAUUUAUUGAUCAGGUAGAGCAAUCAGUGACAUAAUAUCAAUUACAUUGUCAUUACUGCCUAAUAAACUAUUCUGGUGAUGGAUAUUACUGCUUCGAAACUGUUUUAUUGAUUUAUUUAUUUUAUUAACUGAAUUUAAUCUUCUGAAACUUAAGAACUGAAAUCUUAAAAUCAAAACAACAUAAUCAACACAUGUUCAUGUCUUUUAAACAGCUUCACAGUAAAAUGUUUUAAUUCAUGUAAUAAUUUUUUUUCUACAUUCACUUUUUCAUUAAUUUUUUUAACAUACGCUAUAUACACUUCACACUGCUGUACUAGAUUUUAUGUACUUUAUAGUUGCAAAUGUAUGCUUUAUUAUUAGAAUGACAAUCAAGCUGCCUUGCUGAACCCCAAUAAAUUAC